UUGGCGCAAAUGAAUCUUAAGAACAGUGGUGAGGUACAGUGUGGGAUGACUUUCAUCAAACCGUUUGCUGUGUCCGUCUGAGUGUGUUUGGAACAUGGGCCAGGAUAUCUCUGUUGAAGACCUGAGGCAGGGGAUCAAACUUGACGAAGCCGUGGAGCAACUCAUCACCAACAUCAGCAAAAGGAUUAAGGGAGAUAAUCCACUGGGCUACAUUGUGUACACACGUCAUCGCACGCGCCACGGGGCUCCCACCAUCAACAGGAGGUCGUAUGGGGAGGAGGAGCUGCUCCGUUUUCAGGCGGAAAAUGACGGAUUUCCGAUGGCGGCGACAGCAGAGGAGAUCCGCGAUUUCGACAAGUCUCUGUUUCAAGGGAGGCAAGCUAAGCCCAAAAAACCUUGGGGGAGGUCACUCUCCGAUGCUGCCUCAUUCAAGCAGUUUCGUCGACUUCCGGCUCCUUCAAGGCCAAAGUUUAUUGACAAGUUGUUGACCGGGGCCUCCAACCUUAGCAGGAUCUACCCAGGCAAGUCCCGGACCUCUAAGAGAGCAUCCUCACCCGAGCAGUCCAAGUUUUACGUUGCAUACCCAGCCACCCACUCCGAUCCUAUUGGGGAAGUUCUACCCGCUUGCUCCAGCAAAGACGCCACAGAACAAAACGAUGAACGCUUCGUGUGUGAGAGAUGCAGCACUGUGAAAGAUAGGUCUUCGUCUUCAGACCCUGUGAAAAAUAUUUGCGUUGAUUGUGAUGAGAACAACGCGUAUGAAGGUUUCGAUUUUCACUUUGAAUACACGUCGGAUGUACACUCUGGUGUGAGGGAAAAUCAAGAAGAACCGUUGUAUGAUGUGGUGUCCGAUGUCAAUUCUGUUACCGAUGUUGAUAUCGUAGAUUCUGGCAGAAAUUCCAAUACUUUCGCUUUCCAAAAUUGUGAGGACCAUUUGCGUGAAGAAAAAAAUCAGGAUGAGGUUGUUUAUGAGUUUUGUAACACAGAUAAUUUGAUUGUGUAUGAGGAAGUUGAUGUUCGAGACACCACUGGUGAAAACUGUGACUCGGAGCUCUCUGUUGAUAUCCCAGACUGCUCUGAUGCAGCGAACCCACCGCAGAUCUCUCCAGGGUUCGUUCGCAGACAGUGCCAGGUGUUCUUGCAGUCCACACAGAGCCAGGAGAGCUCACCUUGUACAGGUAAAAAAGUGCAGAGGUCCGCCAGCGAUCUGACCUCACCUGCAAUCCGGCACCGGCAAAAGAGACAAUCUGAAGGAAAGAUUGAGCAGGGUGACAGAUGGGUGAAGAAUUAUAACUUGUCCAGGAAUACCAAAUUCACUGAGGCAGUUAUGGCUAAAGGCUAUGUCAAGGCUUUAGCCGAACAAAUUAACCACCAGGGGGCCUUGCAGAUCCCUGAAGAUGAUGACGAUGAUAACGAUAAAAAGAAAAAUGAGGAUGACGACUUAUCUAUGCUGAUGAGUUAUAAAAGCGACGAGGCACGCAAGAGUCUGGUGCAGGAAUUAAUAGACGCUGCAGAAAGGAGCAAUGGCAUCAAAGAAAAUGGAGUCGGUGGUCCCAACAGAACUCCCACUAGACAUUUGGUGACUGGCAACGACUCCGCUGGUAGCCACGGGUCCUGUAGUUUAGCAUCUUCCACCGCUAGCCUGCAUCUUCCAAAAUCUCCCAUCAAAGUGAAUGGGGAUGUGAGUCACUUAUCUAUAAACAAAUGCAAUGGUAAUACGAAAUGCAAUGCUCAAAAUUUAAGUGGCACUUCAGGCUCAUCGCCAUCGUCUAGUAAUUGCGUCAAGAAAACAUCAACAUCAUCACCUUCUCCCAAACCGUCUCCUAAAUCUUCACCAAAACCUUCACCGAAACGUUUUUUCCUAUUCUCACAAUCUCAAAAAUCACAGCAGUCGUCGGCAGAAUCGUCACCGCAAAGAGAAAAACCGCCCGUUGACUAUUCCAGCAAGCCCAGAAUUUCGCAAAAGAUAUCCAUGUCUGGCAUCCCCUCCCCCUCCUCAACGACCACGUCCCCAACUAGAUCAGCCACGUCACCCGUAGGUAACGAUUUCACCCAAAGAAUAUCUAUUCUCACACAGACUCUGUCUUCAUCCAAUGACGACGAAGUGUUUUUACGAGAAACGUCGAAACGAUCCAGCGACACGUACCGAGACUCAGUGUUCCGGACUAUUUACGACAACGGCCCGGCCUUGUCGGCGGCCGAACUGUUUGACUCGAGCUGGUCGGAUUCGGACAGUUGUGAUGGGAGCGAUGACGAUGAAACGGAUUCUAAUAAAAAGCACGCAAAGAAACAAAACAAAACCGAAGAGGAUAAACCUGAGCCACAGGUCACUGAACAGCCGGAGGUCCCGCCUGCUGACAAAAGGUUCAGGGUCGCUUCUGAGUUGCUGCAGACAGAAAGGGAUUACGUUUCCAGACUGCAUCUUUUACACCAGGGAUUUUUUUUUCGGUUGGAUAAAGAAAACAGGCAGCAGACAAUUCUUCCACCCAACACACUGAGUCAAAUGUUCUCCAACACCAAAAGUAUUUAUCUGUUUCAUCAUGACUUUCUCCUGCCACAGUUGGAGGACAGGAUGAAAAACUGGGAAAAAGAUCCAAGGAUAGGUGAUUUGAUGAAAAAAAAUGCACCUUUCUUGAAAAUGUACACUGAAUAUAUUCGCAACUUCGAUCAAGCAAUGAAAUUGAUUAAUCAGUGGUUAGAGAAAUCAACGAAAUUUUCUGAAAUAAUUCAAGACAUUCAGAAACUUCCAGAGUGUGGUAGUCUGUCAUUACAACAUCACAUGAUGGGUCCCAUACAACGAGUGCCACGUUAUGAACUGCUGUUAAAAGAAUAUAUCAAACAUCUACCUGCAAAUUCUCCUGAUAUGAAUGAUGCCAAAGAUGCCUUAGACCUAGUAUCCAAAGCAGCUUCACACUCCAACGAUGCCAUGAAAAAAAUUGAAACAUUCCAUAAACUUCUAGACAUUUACCAGAGCUUGAGAGGGGUACCUAUAGAUUUUAUCUCCCCUACAAGAGAGUUUGUCACUCAAGGGCCAAUUACUAAAAUAUCUGCUAGGAGUGGUGAGAGGCAGCCUAGGCAAAUCUUCCUGUUCAAUGACCUGGUUUUAGUAUGUACAGCCUACAACAUCCUGGGAACCUUCAGUGUUAGAUCAUCUUUAGAAGUAGAGAGUCUCGAGGUCAUGCCAGGGAACAAUAUGAACAUUCCAAACACUUUCAUGCUCCGCAGUAAACAGAAAGCUGUGGAGUUACUAGAUGAAAAUCCAGGUGGGGAAAUCUUCGGAUGGGAAAUGAAAAUUGAAGAAGUGAUCACAAAAUACAAAACAAGGGAGCGAUGCAUCAAACAUGAAGAGGUGCAGAAGUAUUCUCCUGAGAUGAGUGUGCCAGAGAGCUGCCUGGGUACCACAGCUCCCGUAUGGAUCCCAGAUGAUGCUGCCACAAUGUGUAUGCUAUGUCAGAUAACGUUCAAUGUUGUACGCAGGCGACAUCAUUGCAGAAGUUGUGGCAAGUUGAUUUGUAAGUCUUGUUGUAAAAAAGCUCCACUGGAGUACAAAAAAGGAAAAAUUGAGCGUGUCUGCGCUGCAUGCUAUGACGUCAUUGUCAACAAAAGAGGGAAGUCAGAGAGUGACCACAGUCCUAAGAAAAAAGGUAUUUUACAGGUGAAAGCAAGUGAGCGUGGCCUAAUAUCAGGAUACCUGAUGUACAGUGAGGAUUGUCACACCUGGCAGAAACUCUGGGUCACAGCACACAAGGAGUUUGUCCUAUACACAUUCAGGGCUCAUGAGGAUGUAAGUGCCAUCAGCUCUCUACCUCUACCUGGCCACAUUGUUGAACCUGUCAGAAACAUUGAGGGCAAGCACCAUGUCUUCUCAUUGACUCACAAAAACAAGAGGGUUUGUUUGUACCAGGCUGAAAGUGAGAAACACAUGAAAAGAUGGGUGGCAAUUUUAAAGAAACUUGCCAAUGCUGAGUUGCCUGAAGAGAAUGCCAGGUUUUCAUCAGUCUCCAACAGCAGCAAUGCCUCGUCGGCAUCCGAUGGUGCAGCCAACAAUAGCAGCAGCACAGACAACAACAACCGCCACAGCACGCACUCGGGGAGCCAGGCAGACUCUGGUUACCCUGGUGACAGCAACAACAGCCUGUCCGCACUGGCCGUGGACACUGACAUGGAGAACCUGGACGGGAUCAGUCAAUAUGACAACGUUGAUGCUGGGGUCAGUGAUUGAUCCCUGUAUGGACGGGAUCAGUCAAUAUAACAAUGUAGAUGCUGGGGUCAGUGUAUCAUUUCUUAGUUGUGACAACAUUACAAUAAAUUAUGAGGGUCUGGGGUUGAAUAUUUCUUAACUGCUGGUGUUAAGCAUAAUAUAAUA